AUGUCUCAGCAAGCACAACUGAAUCCAAAAAGAAAAACGUUUCGACAAAGAAGACGGGGAAAGUCACAACAACAGUCAAACAAACCAAAUAAUUCUAAACGUAAUGACGAACAUAAAUCAUCAACAAUUGAUUCAACCACAUCUAAUGGAGAAUCAACUCCUGAAGUAGUUGAGCAAAAAUUCCAAAAUGACUUGGAUUAUUUAUUAACGAAUCAAGACCCAGAAUCAUUACACUCCCAUUCUCAAUAUGAAACGGUUUAUGUACCCACUGGUAAUUUUACUGAAGUUGCAAUUGGCGUACAACAUGAAGAUGAUGAAGAUAACAAUAACAAUAGACAACAACAUAGACCUAGAAACCGUAGAAAUUUUACAGUUGCUGACGUGAUUGAUGGAUUAGACGACUUAGAUUUUUCUGAUGAUGAAGAAGAUGAUUUUGUUCAUGUUGAUGCUGAAAUAGUUGAAGAAGAAAUUAUAAUUGAAGAUAGUGGCCAAAAGAAUAAUCGAAAUAAAAACAAACCAAAUAAUGUAGAUUUAGAUGCUGCAUUUCCAAAAUAUGAUGGUAAAAAUAAAAGAACCUUCAAGGAAAGAAAAUCAGCUCCACCUUCUUCAAGUGAAUCAAAAUCAAGUUUUAGAAAUAAAGCAAAGCAACCUAGAGUUAAAACCAAAGGUUCUAAAGCAAUCAAUUUUGAUCCCACAAUCGAUGAUAAAAAUUCGGAAGGUAGAAUUGAUACGGAUAAUUCCGAAGAUCUAGUCAUUCCUUUUGAAAUAACAAAGCAAGAAAAAAUCAAAGAAGGUCCGCAAUUUGAUAGACAAAAACAAAGAAGAAGAGAAAGGAGGGAAAGAAUUAGAUUGAGAAAGCAAGCUGAGUUGGAUCUCAAAGCAAGUGACGACUCUUCCAACGGAGAUAGAGUUCAAUCAAAUCCAAUUGAAUCAAGUAGCGACUCUUCCACUAAGGAAGUAAAUAAGGUUGAAUCUAAACUGGAAAAUAAAGUACGCCCUAGAGGUCCAAAAGUACCAAAUCAAGAAAAUCAAGAAAAUCAAGGUGAAAAAAGCAAUUCCACGACAAACGAUUCACAAGUUGGACAUAAGCAUAGUGCCGAAGGAAAUAACCAAGACGGCCCAGAAAACCAAAAAAUCAUGCUGAUAAUGAGAGACAACCAAAAGGGCCUGAUUCAAAGUAACGAUCAACUGCGGAAAAGUCAUCUCGAAAAGAAAUCAAGCUUGAAGGAGAUAUUUCCCGAAGUACAUCUGUUGAGAUAUGAACCAACUGAAAUGGAAGCAGUAGAAAAUAAUAAAGUUCACCCUUCAGUGCAAUUGUUAAAUGAACAACUGAGUAAAACCCAAACAAAAGAAGCAACAUCACAACUGUUCCCAAAAGCACCAACCAACUCCGCAUCGGAUAAGUCUACAAAUAGAUUUGGAAUAACGUUAAAGUCCACUAAUACAACAAAUAGAUUUAAUCACUUACCCGAAAUUCAACCAAUUCGAACUAUUAUUGGAGUAUCCCACUCACAGAUCCUUAACUCAGACUUAAGUGAUGUCAAAAUCAAAACAAUAUUAAAUUCAUCAUCAACUUCAAAAUAUGUAAAUAAUGUUAAAAAUUUUAUUAUUAAAUAUCAAAAUGAUCCAAAAUUUGAAGAAAAUAAAAAGUCAUUCAUCUUACUCUGCAUUAAUAUAGCACUUUAUGAGGCUCAAGGUGUUAAUAAAACUCAAUCUAUUUUCCCAUCAGUAGUUGAAAUAUUUAGCACAUAUCAAGAAUUAAAUUUGGAAAAUACUAAAACAACAAUUACUAAAUCUGAAAGAAUGAAACAUCAAAAUCAAUUAGAUUACUCAUUUUUAGGAUUUAUUGGUUAUAUUUUGAUUUGGGCAUAUGUUUUACAAAUUAAUCAAAAUCAAGAAGAAGACAAUUUUAUUAACCAAUUUAAUUUACAAGAUCAAAUAAAUGUUUCACUUAUAAAAUCAAAAAUUGGUGGAUUUCAUUUAUGGGAUAAACUUAAUAAGAAUAGUUCCAUUAAUUCAAAAAGAUGGAAACAUAUAAUUAAAUUUAGAAAUACUUUUCCCUAUGAAGAAGAUCAAUUUCUUAUCAUUUUGAGAUUUUUCAAAAUCGGUGAUAUUCCUUGA